AUGGUGGAUUAUCAUCGAAGGAUUUAAGCGCACAGAUGAUCAUGGCAAUCGUCUCGAGCCCCGUAAUCCAUGGGUCCCUUCUCCAUACAACGAUAUAUCGAUUUAUGUUAUACAGGUUUAUGAGUCAUUUAAAUCAAUCUAAAUCUAAAUGUUACCGUUAUUUAUGAUUUUAUAGAAAAAAAAAUCAUUCAGAGAAAGUGACACUCGAAGGGAUACAUCUGGACGAUUGGAAGGAUUUUUUUCUUAAGGUCAUCCGUAUUUAUUUGAACGGAACUUUAUAUUUAUAUAUGAAUCUUUUUUGUACAAAUUGAUUCUUCGUGCCAUUUGGAAUAAAAAAAGUAUACGGAUACAAUGCCGAAAAGUGAUUAGUUAACGAUAUAUUUUGUAAAUAUUAUUAUUCUGUAAUAAUGUAACAAAGCCAUAUCUUUGUUUUUGAUUAAAGUUAGAAAAAAGUAUUAGAGGAGAAAGAUGAAUGUUUCAAAUUGGCCUGCAUAUUCACGAUUAUAAUUUUUUUCUCAAGUAUACGUGCGCAUGCAUUAUUAUUAUUUUUUUUUUCUUUUUUCUUUUUUUAAACAAAUACGUAUUAUCGUACUCACGAAAAAAUCUUAAAUAUUUGUUGAAUUAUGAAUACCCAAAUCAUUUAUUUAAAUACGCUCUGAUAUCAUUCCAACAUCGUAGAUAACGUACAAAAGUGAAUCAAUGAUUACAUUGCCAUAAAAUCAGUGUCUUUCUUUUGAGAAGACAAUUUAUAAUCCAUCGAAAAGAUGGGAAAAAGUAAUAGAAAAUAAAAACUUAUAAAAUAUUUCGUAACAUAUUAAUAGUUUCUUUUUCUUUUGUAAAUGAAACUGAAAAAUCAUAAAAAGAAUAUCAUCGAAUUAAUUCAGGCACCUGACGAUAAAUUUAAUUUAAUCUUUUAUUUUAUUAAAUGCCGACGUAAAGUUAAAUAAAUUUUUAUUUCUAUUAUAUAUUUUUACUGGUAUAUGUAAUCAUAUUUGAUCAAUGUAUUUCUCACAUCAUCAUUGAACAGUCGAAACAGAAAAAUAUAUAUUUUGUAUAAUUGAUUUGCUUUAAUGGGUUUUCAUGAAUUCGUAAGAGAUCUUGGACAUAUCAAAGAUCAAAUCCAUCAGUGAGAGAUGAAUGUGAAGUUUGUUUUUCGAAAAAAAGAUAUAAAAAAAAAGAAAAAGAAAGAAAUACAAAAUAAAUAAAAAAAAAUCGAAUGAAAAGGCUCGAAUGAAUAAAUCUUCUCUUUGAAAAAAUUAAAUAGAAAAAAAAAAGAUAAUGAUAAAUGUAAUAACAAGAAACAAAAAAUUCUCUCUUCGAAUAAAUCUUCUUCAACUUGAUGGUAUAUUACCAAGUAUAUAAACAUCUUUAUCAGUAACGUUAUACAUAGUUCACAUUCGAUGAAUACGAUGGAUUAUGUUAGUGAUUUUCGUUCUUGGUGUCAGUUAUACGCCAGACGGCCAAGACGAUCGAUGUACUCUUUGAUUCUCUUCUUCUUCAGAAUCUAGUUGUUCCUUCUAAGCGAAAAUUUUUCAACGAUAUAAUAUCAAUUUAUUUUCCACGAUAUUUUGAUUUUCUCGCAGAAAAUGUUGAACUUCGUAUGCUUGGAAGAUUACGAAAAAUAUGCGAUUAACAAUCUGACGCCAAUCGUAAGAGAUUAUUAUAAAAGCGGAGCCGGUGAAGAAUCUAGUUUACGAUGGAACAGAGAAGCUUUUAAGAGGUAUCGAAUAAAACCUAGAUUUCUUCGAGAUGUUUCAAAAAGAGACAUAAGCACGACGAUAUUAGGUGAAAAAAUUUCUAUACCAUUGGGAGUAGCACCAUCUGCAAUGCAACGCAUGGCACAUCCCGAUGGUGAAUGUGCUAAUGUUAAAGCUGCCGAAGCAGCGGGAACGAUAUUUAUACUCUCGACUAUAUCAACCAGCAGUAUCGAAGAAGUCGCGAAGGUAGCACCGAAAUGUAUAAAAUGGUUUCAACUUUACGUUUACAUCGAUCGAAACAUUACAUUAAAUUUAAUAAGGCGAGCCGAGAAAGCUGGCUUCAAAGCACUCGUUCUUACAAUAGACGCGCCAAUUUUUGGCGACAGACGAGCCGAUUUGAGAAACAAAUUUUCACUUCCUAAACAUUUGAGAUUAGCUAAUUUUGAAGAAGCUUUGUUGAAUAAAAUGGCCACAUCUAAAACGGGAUCAAGUUUAAACGAGUACGUUAAUAAAAUGUUCGACCAAUCACUUUCUUGGAAAGAUAUUACAUGGCUCAAAAGCAUUACGAAACUGCCGAUCAUAUUGAAAGGUAUUUUAACUGCCGAAGAUGCAAUUUUAAGUGUGAAAUAUGGAGCCGCUGCCAUUAUAGUUUCUAAUCAUGGUGCACGUCAAGUUGAUGGUGUCCCUGCUACGAUCGAAGUCUUACCAGAGAUAGUGAAUGCAGUAAAGGAUAAAAUAGAAAUUUAUAUGGAUGGAGGAAUUAGACAAGGCAUUGACGUUUUUAAAGCUCUUGCUUUAGGCGCUAACAUGGUAUUCAUAGGUAGACCGAUGUUAUGGGGUUUAUGUUAUGCUGGAGAAAAAGGUGCAUUAAAUAUUCUUGAAAUGAUGAAAAAAGAAAUCGAUCAAGUUUUUGCUUUGACAGGUUGUACGACCAUAAAGGAUGUCACCAGUGAUAUGGUCGUUCACGAGUCACGUUAUAGUCACUUGUGAUAUUGCCUUUCACACGAUAAAAUAAUUUUACAAUUUAUUCAACUUUAUGACAAUACAAUAAUCGACAAAGCAUACACGUUCGUUGUUUAUCAUCUUCGAUUUCGCUUAUAUUAAACAAAUUCAUGUAUGAACUACGAAGAGCGCGUCCAAUUGUCAGAAAAUAUGCUAUGUAACAUAUUACUACAUAUAUAUUCGAUACAUAUUGAAUUAAUCACAAUAUAUUAUGAUAACGAUAGACACACAGUGUUCGGUGAUUGAUUGAUUAUGUAGUGGUAGUUCCUGCGAGGAUAAUACAUAUGUAUAAUACACGUACAAAAAAGGAGGAUACACAUCAGGUAAUUAUUUAUGUAAGUAUCGAAGGAGGGUGAAGAAGUUACUAGUUAAUAGUGAAUUAAUAAAGUGCAUAGCGAAUGUUUUUCUCGUAUUUUUUCUUUUUACUUCUUCUUUUUCUUCGUUUUUCUUUUUUAUUAUUAUUAUUUUUUUUUUAUCUAAUUUUUUUUUUAUCUUUCUUUUUUUUCCUCCUCCUCAAUAUUUUGAUAUUUAAAGAGAUCAGAUAUAGGUAGUUUUCCUAAGUGAGUUAGUACGUAUCAAUAGAAGUGUAAAAUUUAUUGGUCCAGAUAAUUAUUGUGUGUAUUUCAAAAAGGGGUGAUAGCUUUUUGACAUAUUAUUUAAUUCUUUUCAUUUUAUUUUCUCUCUCUCUCUCUCUCUCUCUCUCUCUCUCUCUCUCUCUCUCUUUGUCUGUUUGUUCUUUUUUUGUUUAUUUUCCUACGUGGAGAUGCAUACGGAAAGCUUAAAAAGUUUUCAACAAAGAUUAGAUCGAUCCUAUAUUUCGAAUAUAAAGAAUAAACGUAGAGAUCAAAAUACGUUAUUUAUUUAUUUAUUUUUCUUUCUUUCUUUCUUUCUUUCUUUCUUUCUUUCUUUCUUUCUUUCUUUAUUUUUCUUUAUUUAUUUAUUUACUUUUCUUUAUUUUAGGAUCUCGAUAGGAACCUAACAUUGAUACAGCAUAAGAAAAACAAUGCGAUUAGGUCGAUCAAUAAAGUUUUCUUUCCAUUGAA